AUGGCCAUCUUCCGCUCGCUCGCCAUAGCACUCACCCUGGGAACCUGCGCAAGCGCAAAAUGGAUCGUCCCCGGCGCGCGCUGGGUCGAUACCGACGGCAACCUCUUCAACGCACACGCGGGCGGUCUCUGCGUCGACCAAGAUACCCGUCGAUUCUACUGGUUCGGCGAAUACAAGGUCGAGGGACAGGUUGAGGGCGGGGGGGUCUCAGUGUAUAGUUCCGAUGAUCUUGCGAGUUGGACGUCGCAUGGUUUGGCACUAGCGCCAAUCGAGAACCACACAUAUAUCUCGCCGCAUAACCGCAUUCAGAGGCCGAAGGUUAUCUAUAGUGAGGAGACGGGGCUGUAUCAUAUGUGGUGGCACGCCGACGACAGCAGUUACUCGUGGCUGCUGCAAGGCCUCGCGACAUCACCCCACAUCGCCGGUCCGUACACGUUCAUCGACGCGAGCUCGCCGCUAGGAAACUGGUCGCAGGAUUUCGGCGCCUUCACGGACUACAAAACCGGAAGCUCAUACGCCCUGUAUUCGAACGGGGAUACAGUCGAGGGGCGCGACAUCUACCUGGGCAAGUUCAACAGCAACCUCACGGCCGUUGAGAAAGUGACGUAUCGAUUCCCGAAAUACGAUUUCGAGGCGCCGACUAUCCUGCAGACGGAGAGGAGUUAUUACGCCCUUAUGAGUCAUAAGACGGGGUAUAGGCCUAAUAAUGUCGUGGCGAUGCGCGCCGAUCGGUUGGAGGGUCCCUGGUCGCAGCCGUUCUUUGUUGCACCAGCGUAUACACGGACAUUCAGCACGCAGUCUGGGUUCUCGUGGCGAAUCGAGGGGACGAAAAAGACGACUUAUCUGUACAUGGCCGACCAGUGGGAUCUGAACUCCCUCUGGGAAAGCCGCAACGUCUGGCUUCCAAUUGAGAUUGAUGACCGAGAAGGCAGUCUCCAGGUUGUAUGGCACGAUAUCUAUGAUCUGAACGUAAAAACGGGAGAAUGGAAGCCCAUCAAGGGGAAAACAUAUAUCGCAAAGCACGCAAAACUCGCCGGAGGUGCCUAUCUUCAAGAAGCCACCUUUGCGAGCGGAAACCGCAUAGCAACAGGCAUCUACGGAAACGACAGCACCGUCACCUUCACCGUGCAGGGCGACGGAACCGAACAAUGGGUCUCGUUCUACCACCAGAACAUCGACGACAUGGGCUUCGGCGACCAACCAAUGGGCCAGCCCGACCGCAUAAACGGCACCUGGCAACUCCGGCGGAUCAGCAGCGUGGUAGUGAACGGCGAUACAGACAACGUGCACACGCUAUACCAAAAGGACACGCACAAGGGGGUUAUUCUCUCGACGCCGCUACUGCUUCCGCUGAAGAAGGGACCGAAUACGCUCACGGUUGGUGGGCUGUGGAAUGGAUUUGACGUCAAAGGGGCGGAUUUGGAUCAUGUUGUUGUUUAUCCGCCGGAGGGGAAGACGCAGGGGCAUAGGGCGAGGAGUUUGAAUUGGUUUGGGGUUUGGUAG